UUCUCCUCGUAAUUAUGAAAUGAAAUAAAAAUCUGUAAAAGACGGCGAUUGAACCAGAGACUAAAUUUGAGAGUUGCAGUGAGAAGAGAUAUGGUGAGUAAAACAGAAUAAGGAGAAACCAGAGACGAUGGUAUAAGUAUUCGAAGAAAGAUAAUGGAAGAUUGAAAAGGAGAAGAAGGAGAUAGUGAUAAACCGGUAAUGAAGUUGAAUUUUUGCCUAAGGAUAAUCAAUGGAGUGCAUGAGGGUAAGAAACUGUAUUGUGAUAAUGUUGAUUGUGACACUAACAAUUGGGAUAAGGUUAAGCAGUUGGUGAAGAUUAGGUUGAGGGGAAUUGGUGUGUUGCUGGCAUCAAAUGUUUUAUGGGGAACUGUCCAUAUAAAAAAUGAUUUCGUAUUUUUUGAAAUGUGGAGAAAUGUCGUGGCAGAUGAUGAAGGGUAUGUUUGUCUAGAUAUUUUCGUGUUUGGUGGAGAUCUGACAGGAACUAGUGGUGUCAACCAGUCGGCAGUUAGUGGUGUUUCUAAACAAAAGACACCAGUUUCUAAAGCAAAGGUGAUAACUAGGAAGAGUCGAAGAUUACAAGAAGCAGCUAAGAAGAAGAGCUACACUACUGUGUCGGGACCUAAAAGACUAGUGUUUGAAGAUGAAUGUGAGAUUAUUGAUACCCAAGAAAGUGUUUGUGAUAAUCAAGAAGCAAGGACAAACAAGGGAAAGAAACAUGUGGAUGUUGAACAUAUUUGGGAUGAUGAUGAAGACUUCUUGCAACAAGCAUGUUCUCAGGAAAGCUUAGUUGAAGAUGCUUAUAUUGAUGAAGACCAGGUUAAUCUACCAAAUAAAAAUAUAGAAGAGUGUCAUCCAGAUGAUGCUCCAAAUUUCAAGUAUGUUGAUAGUGAAGAUGAAGAUGGCAGAAAUACUUAUGCGAAAUGGUUAAAUGGGUUUGUUGAAAACGAACCAGUCCAAGAUUAAGAUGGUGAGUCUGAUCAUGAGUAUGUUGUUGAAAUGAAUGGGCCUGCAGCUGAAAUGAAUGGGCCUGUAAAUGGUGAUGAUGUUAUGCUUGGAGAAGGUGAUAGUGUUGCAGAUUUUUAUGCCAAUAGAGGUCCAGUUGAAUUGAACGAAGAUGAACAAGUUUCUUGGCAAUUGCAGUUCGGCCAAUAUGCAAAUGAUCCAGAAGAUUUGACAUUGCCGGAUGAAGAAAUUGUUGAACCUACUCAUGGUGAAUUUUGUGUAGGUAUGGCUUUCCUUAAUAAGCAGGCUUUCAAAAAUCAUUUAAGGGAGUAUUGUGUGUUGGAGCAUUUUGUGUUCAAGUUGAGGAAGUCAGAGCCACAUAGAGUAUAUACAGAUUGUUAUUAUAAAGAAAGUCAUGGGUGUAUGUGGAAAGUGACUGCAAGAAAAUUACUUGAUGAAAAUACUUUCACAGUCAGGAAAGCCAACCUAGUGCACGCAUGCAAUGGUUGUGAAGAGCCAAAUAAAAACAAGAAGUGCAACGCUGCGUUUGUAGCAGAACAUUUGAAGAAGACGAUGAAACCUUGUGAAGAAAUUCCAAAGCCUAGGCAGAUAUGUGAUUACUUAAUAUGGGGUGACCUAAAUGUGGAGAUCCCAUAUUGGCUUGCUUGUGAAGCAAGGGUGCUCCUACUUCAACAAGAAAAUGGAUGUUAUGAAAAGUCAUACAACCAUAUUCCAAGUCUUUGUGAAGUGAUUACAGCUUUGAACCCAGGGAGCAUUGCCAACUACACUUUUUCCACAGAUGAGAAAGGCAACAGAUUUGAAAGUCUCACAAUAUCAUUCUUUUCACCUAACUGGUAAUAACCACUUGCAUGUCAAACAGGCAUCUCUAUAAAAACUACAUGACCAAGGAUUACAGGGCUCCAGAGUUGACAAGAUAUGCCUGGAAUGCCAUCAAAGCAUAAAAGAAGUGUCACUAGAAGGUGAAUAUGGAUGCCUUAAAGGCGGCGAGUCAGGAUGCAUACGACUACCUAAUGAAACUUGACCCAUCCUACUGGGCAAGAUCUUUCUUCCCACAUGACGCUGCAUGUGAGCAUAUUAACAGCAACUUCUGUGAGUCUUUUAAUGCAAUGUCCAAGAACAUGAGAGACAAGCCAGUGAUUAAGAUAGCCACAAUAUAUGCUCAGUUAAUCAUGGGACUAACUUCUCGGAGAGCUGCACUUGCUGCAGAAUGGAAGGAUGGUGAUUUGGUUCCUGCUGCAAUGAAACUCAUUGGCAAAAUGAAGGACCUUGUAGGGAAGUUUCACCCUCGUCCUGCACAAGCAAAUAAGGUGUAUGAUGUCACUAAUAUCAAAUCAAAGAAAGUCUUCACUGUUGAUAUUAUUACCAAAACUUGUACUUGUGUUCAGUGGCAGUUGAGGGAAUUUCCAUGUCAGCAUGCAGUGUGUGCACUUGUUAAAUUUAGACCAAACUGGGCUAAGAAAAAAUUAAAAUCAUACAUCCAGAGCUAUUGAGAGAUCCAGGUAGACCAUGUGUGAAUAGGAAGAGGUCUUGGACAGAGAUGGACGAACAGAAAAAGCCAAGAUGUUGUACUAGAUGUGGUGG